UGCUAAAUAAACCGACACUAAUUUUGUUAAUACGCCAAUAACUAAAAGUCAAUGAGUCAGUGCUAAUCACAGCAAUUUGGCCAUCAGAGAAGUCAAAGUAAUCAAGAGAGCAAGAAUCUCAACCAGUCAAUCUGCGAUGGCGGAACAAAAAGAAUCGUCUCAAUCUUCAGAACUCCCUCCUCCACCUCCUCUUUAUUUGGAGGUGACUUGCGCAAGUACAGGAAAAGUAAGGCGGUUUGCCCCAGGAACAAAGGCAGGUUUUGCAUUAACUUUGAUGAAUAAUAAACUGGAUAUUGGUGCCCCCCUUGCUCUGUAUAUCCAGGCGGUUAAAUUUGGGGAAGAACCCAUUUCUUUCGGGCCCACUUCUGUUCUUUUAAGUUAUGGCCAUGGUUGGAACUUGCAGACUGUAUUGGAUUCCCAAAGAGGUAACAAGAAGCGCGAAGGUCCCCAGGAAUUAAAUACUGGAGUGAAGAGACAAGUUUCAGAGCCAACAAUCACUCAUCUAUAUAUUGGGAAGAUAGUUAUCGCUUUUCUUUUCAUUUUUUUACUGGGUGGAAUUUUUACAGUAGCUCUUGAAAAUCUACCAAGACUAAUGCUGUUCAUCAACUCGUCUUUGUAAUACUCUUAACAUGACGUUUCUGCAAUUAUAGCAAAUGUCAAUAAAUUUUCGUUCUGAAACAAUGAAUUUGAUUUUUGAUUGGUUCUAUGGAGAUGUUAAUUAUA